AUGAGUACGCAAGCGGGUCAAGAUGCCAAGUUCUUCCAGCGGGGAAAGAUCCAGGAAUUCCGCGCGGAGCUCCAAGCGGCCGAGGUGAAGGACAAGAAGUUCGUCAAGCGGAGGACGGUCCUGAAGAAGAUUGUCGCGAAUAUCACGAUGGGGAAUGACAUGUCGCCUCUAUUCCCCGACGUCGUGCAAUGUCUCGGAACUCCGCUCCUUGAGAUUAAGAAGAUGGUCUAUUUGUUCCUCGUGAGCUACGGGAAGUCGAAACCAGACCAGAUACAUAUGGUCAUUCCUAGGUUCUUGGAAGACUGCAAUGACCGCAAUCCCCUCAUCCGAGCCUUGGCUAUACGUACCAUGUCCUAUAUCCCAAUACCAGUGGUCACCGAGGCUCUAACCGAGCAACUACGGCAUUGUCUAAAGGACAGAGACCCAUAUGUCCGGAAAACAGCCGCCAUAUGCGUCGCCAAGGUCUACACUGCUGACCCCAGGAAGGCCGAGAAAGCAGGUUUCGUCGAGAUGCUCAGGGACUUGCUGCUGGAUCCGAAUGCCACGGUGGUGUCCAACGCUGUCGCGGCGCUGACGGAGAUUGGAGACCGGCCGGACGGCGUGUUCUUCAAGCUCAAUCUGUCCAUAGCCAACAAGCUCCUUGCUGCCAUCGGUGAGAGUUCAGAAUGGGGACAGAUUUACAUCCUUGACUCCUUAUUGCGCUUCGUCCCCGAGAGGCACGCCGACGCAGAACUCCUGGCCGAGCGUGUCCUCAUCCAGCUGUCGCAUGCAAAUUCUGCUGUAGUGCUCACCGCGAUCAAGAUCCUACUCUAUCUCAUGAAUUACAUGGAAAACCGGAAGCUCAUCGACCACAUCUGCAAGAAAAUGGGCCCUCCAUUAGUAACGUUGCUUUCGUCCGGCCCGGAAGUUCAGUACGUGGCCCUGCGGAAUAUCCUGUUAAUUAUCCAGCGUCGGCCAGCGGUACUUCGGAACGACGUGAAGGUCUUCUUCUGCAAAUACAAUGACCCGAUCUACGUCAAGCUGGCCAAACUGGAAAUCAUGUACCGUCUGGCGCGUGAGGAGAACGCAAAGGAAGUGCUGGCCGAAUUGCAAGAGUAUGCGUCGGAGGUCGAUGUCGACUUCGUGCGCAAGGCCGUGCGUUCCAUUGGUCGGCUGGCAAUCAAGGUGGACCCGGCAGCGGACCUGUGCAUCAAAGCCCUCCUCGAUCUCAUCGAGACGAACGUCACGUAUGUCGUCCAGGAGGCAGUUAUUGUCAUUAAGGACAUAUUCCGGCGGUACCCGGGCAGGUAUGAGGGAAUCAUUCCUACGCUGUGCGAGCACCUAGACGCCCUGGACGAGCCAGAGGCGAAGGCUGCCAUGAUAUGGAUUGUGGGACAGUAUGCGGAUCGGAUGGACAAUGCAGACGAGUUGAUGGACGACUUGGUGUACACGUUCCUGGAGGAGCCGGUUGAGGUGCAACUGGCCCUUCUCACGGCGUCGGUCAAGCUGUUCAUUUACCGGUCCAAGUCUGAGAAGGCCAAGGAGCUGGUCCACCGCGUGCUGAAGUGGGCGACGGAAGAGGUGGAUAACCCCGAUUUGCGUGAUCGGGGGUUCAUGUAUUGGCGUUUGCUGGCUAUCAACCCGACGGUCGCGGGGGAGAUCGUGCUGGCCGAGAAGCCCGCGAUUACGACUGAUAGCGAUAGGAUGGAUAGAGGGGCUUUGGACCAGCUCUUGUUGCACACGGGUACGCUGGGGAGUAUUUACCACAAGAAUCCCGAGACAUUCAUUCGGAAUGCGGCUGGAAGAGCCCUGACGGACACGCCGGCGCUGAACGCGAACUCUCGCGCCGUCCUGGUACCGUUAACGCGGAACCAGCUCCCGCCGACGGUCAGCAUCCCCGGCCCGGGUCCCAACGAACCGCGUGCGCGCAAAGCAGAGCCUCCAUUACCGGCAAAGCCUGCGCCUCCGCUCCCAACGAACGGCGCGGACGACGCCGACGCUGGCGGCGAGGACGGGGAGAACGAUGAGGAGGGCAUUUUGAGCCCGCCGGUUGCUGCGCAGGGAGAUUCGGCUGCGGACCCGUAUGCGGGCCUGGAUCAGCUGGGUGGGCUGGGAGGGUCUGGGUACUCGGCGGAUAAUCCCAGGCCGAAGGGAGAGGAGGAGGAUUUGCUGUUCUGA